CCCAGCUGGCUGUUGUUGUGAUUCGCUCCUUUCUUCUUCAUUCGCAACUUCAAGACACUAUUUUUUGAAAAGGGAAAAUGUCGGGCAUCUUUGACACAAACAACCAGGACUCUGCCCUGUUCAUUGGCGGGUCGCGCAUCUCGGGACAGGAGGUCCGCUCGCAGAAUGUCAUGGCGGCUCUGUCGAUUGCCAACGUGAUCAAGACAUCGCUCGGACCCGUGGGUCUGGACAAGAUGCUGGUGGACGACGUGGGAGACGUGACGAUAUCGAAUGACGGCGCAACGAUCCUGCAGCUGCUGGAGGUGGAGCACCCGGCGGGAAAGAUCCUGGUGAAGCUGGCGCAGCAGCAGGACACCGAGGUGGGCGACGGCACGACAUCGGUGGUGAUCCUGGCGGCAGAGCUCCUGCGGCGCGCAAAUGAGCUGGUCAAGAACCACAUCCACCCGGCGACCAUUAUCACCGGCUACCGUCUGGCGUGCAAGGAGGCAUGCAAGUUCAUUGCCGACCAGAUGGCGCAGAAGGUGGACAAGCUUGGCCGCGAGGCCCUGGUCAAUGUCGCCAUGACAACGCUGUCCAGCAAGAUCCUCGGCACGUACGGCACGUUCUUUGCCGAGAUGACUGUCGACGCGCUGUCGGCCGUGAAGACCACUGAUUUCCGUGGAAAGGCGCGCUACCCGGUCCAGUCGGUCAACGUAUUGAAGGUCAAGGGUGCGAGUGCCCGCGAGAGCCACUACUUCCAGGGCUACGCGCUGUACCGGCCGAUCACCAGCCCGGCGAUGAAGCAGACGCUAAACGAUCCCAAGAUCGCUGUGAUUGACUUUGACCUGACAAAGACACGCCUGAAGAUGGGCGUCAACGUCGUCAUCGACAACCCCGACAACCUCGAGGCGAUCCGCAAGCGCGAGGCCGACAUUUCUGCCGAGCGCGUACGCAUGAUCCUCGGCGCCGGCGUCACGGCCGUAUUCAGCACACGCGGCAUCGACGACAUGUACGUGAAGAUGUUCGCCGAGGCCGGCGCUAUUACUGUCACCCGUGUGCCCAAGGACGAUGCGCGCCGGAUCGCCAAGGGCACUGGCGCCCAGAUCAUCACCACCCUGGCCAACCUCGACGGCGACGAGUCGUUUGAGCCCUCGACUAUCGGCACAGCCGAGCUCAUCGAGCAGAUCCGGCUCUCGGACGAGGACAUUGUUGUCGUGCGUGGUGCCUCGGAGCAGCGUGCGUCCACUGUGAUUCUGCGCGGCGCCAACGACUACAUGCUGGAGGAGAUGGAGCGCAGUCUGCACGACUCGCUGUGCGCUAUCAAGCGCGUGAUGGAGUCGGGUGCCGUUGUGCCUGGCGGCGGUGCCGUCGAGACCGCCCUGGAUGUCUACCUGGAGUCGUUCGCCACCACCCUGGGAUCGCGCGAGCAGCUGGCCAUCGCAGAGUUUGCGAACGCCCUGCUGGCCAUCCCGAAGCAGCUUGCUGUCAACGCCGCCAAGGACUCGAUUGAGCUGAUCGCCAAGCUGCGCGCCUACCAUGCCGCCGCCCAGAACGCGCCUGCCGAUUCCACCCGCAGCCUGCUCAAGUGGUACGGCCUGGACCUGCACGAGGGUAAGCUGCGCGACAACGUCAAGGCUGGCGUGCUGGAGCCCGCCAUGUCCAAGAUCAAGAUGCUCAAGUCUGCGACCGAAGCUGCCAUCAACAUCCUGCGUAUCGACGACAUGAUCAAGCUGGUACCCGAGCAGCAGCCCGAGGACCCGCACGCGCACAUGUAAUUUGUGUCUUCCGCAGAUGCUGGAUACAUUUUAAAACAAAAAAAUCGUAAUCAUCGAGAAGAACCC